AUGGCUAAGGAGAAACGCACCAAGCCAUGUGCCAGCUGCAAAAAGUCUAAAGUCAAAUGUAUAUAUGAUCGAACGCUUCCGUGUGAACGGUGCAUAAAAAAUGGCCAUGCCUAUAAUUGUCAAUUUACCCCAAAACUUCCCUCGUUAAAAUUACCACUGAUUGCUCCUCCUCCCACCGCACUGACCUCCAAUGGUAUCCCGUCUUAUAAUCAGUACCGAAACAUUCAACCUGCCCCACAAGAUGUGCGUUUCAUGUUAUCACCACCAUUCGUAAAUGGACAAGUUCCAGUAAUGACGAACAACAACAGCUCGUUUGGUCAGCAGCCUAAUCAGACUCCACAAGCGCUGGUCCAGCCACAGACUCACAACAACCAUCUUAACCAAAAUGAUGUACAUUUACCGGCACGACCCAUGGGCCAAAUAGAGAGCCAAAUAAACCAGAGCCAAAUAAACCAAAGCCAGGUAAACCAAGGCCAGUGGAAUAAUCAAGUCGAAGGCCGAAUAGACUCAUUGGACUCGAAACUCAGUGACUUGGUUGAUAUAAUGAAGUCAAACCAGCGGCUAUUGCUCGAAAACCAAGCUCAAUACCAUACCCUUAGUUCCAAUUUAGAGCAUCAGAGACGUCAAAAUGAUGAUGAGCUACAGCGCAGACAAAUAAAGAGCCUGCAAAAGAAACGAGCUUUGGAAAAUGUACCCCAAGACAUAAAAAAGCCUCGCUUAGAAGUUCCAGAUGAUUUUAGAGGCGGAUAUCUCACUUUAGACAACGCCAGGGACCUAUUCAGCUUCUUCGACGCCCAUAUAUCGCAACAGCUAUUUGGUUUCGAGAUCUCGAAAUUCCAGGUAGAUAAUAUCUGGGAAACAUCGCCGAUCCUUGUAUGCGCAAUAUGUACAAUAGCCUCCAUGCAUCAUCCUAAUGAGAGCCUAUCCAAGAAGCUGGCUCAACUUCAAGUUUAUCUCCGACAGCUUUGCAGUGACUCCUUUUUCAGAGCUAAAUCAGGUAACGAGAUGGAUAUUUUCAAUACCAUUGUUGCCUUGGUGCUCUGUAGCUUCUGGCUUUCAGAGUCACAAAUGUUUACUGGCCUCGCAUUGCAACUCGCAAAGGAAAUACAAUUGGAUUCACCGGUGGCUAGAAAAUCCUCUUCAAACCUGAUGCUAGGAGAAAAUGACAGAAUCAAGCUUUGGUACUUGUUAUAUGUCCUUGAUGGACAGCAAAGUUUGACUUUCAAUCGUCAACCGAUUGUGAAUGCUCAAGAAUAUUCGCUCAAAAAUAGUAGGAAAAUAUUACUCGAGCCCAAGAAAGCUAUUAAAGCGUCACUAAAGUCGAUCAAAGACAGUGAUGUCAGAGAAGAGUCACAGGAAGUGCAUUCCCUGUUCACAGACCUAAGGCUUGUUUCCCAGGUGGAAUACAACCAAGCCCUCAAUGAAGCCUUCAGAGGUUCUGCAUGGGAUCUUCUUGCACCGUCAUCUUUUGGUAUACCGUCCAAAAGCAAUUUAGAAUUGGACAAGUGGAUGGUUUCGUGGACAGUGCUCUUGUCUCCUGCAAAUCAUGGCUCUGUGUGGUCAUCGAAGUCCACUCUUAUAUACUACAAUUUUGCCAAGAUGCACAUAAACUCUCUUUCGGAGAAAAAUCUUAAGGUGGAUGCGGGAGAUUCAAGGCAAAUGCUUCCAAAAUGGGUGGGUUCGCUACAAACUGGAAGAAAUUUCAAAAAAAUUACACCGGUUCAGUCUACUGGAACAGAUGACUCUUCAGACGAUAGCGAAGACGAAGAGUUCAUCUCCAACAAAGGAUUUGUGUCUGAAGACGAAGCGGCGGUCAGUCGAAGUAUUGCUAUGAAUGCGGCACAGACGGUAUUGAAUUUAGUGUUGAACGACAAAGAUAUUCAUGAGAACCUCAAAUAUGUGCCAGUGCAUAUUCAUAUCAUGCUUUAUUAUGCGGCUCUAUUGUUGUUGAGUCCAGAGAUGGAGAGUUCCUCUGCUGCCACGAAUUCCGAAGAAUCUUUUGCCAAGACUAUCGCAAACUUGCGGACGGUGCGAUCUUUACAACGCAAGAUAUACCAAAACUUGCCCACGGAUAAGGUGUUUGGCGACCGUAUAGUAAAGAGUUUGGAAGACAUAUUUACCGAAAAGUCGACCAGCCUUUCUCAAAAGAUACUUGAAGAAUCAGACCUUUCUCAAGAAAUCAAAGAAAAUUUAAAAAUGCAGUUGUCACAAUUAAAUGAGCUGAGUUCAAAUUCCACGGCAAUACCAGAUGUAUAUGACACAUCAAGUAGUGCUGGGUCGAGCCCAGCUCCAGAAAAGAUAUCUGCUUGGCCUGGCUCGCAUCAUGGCCAUCCAUAG